GCUCCGUUAUGAAGGGAGGUAACUCUAUGCACAUGUCCAAAGAUUUCCUGUAAAUUUUGCGUUACAAACAUGAGUGUCAAUCAACUUAAAAGUUUAGUUUUAUCAUUAUGCAAGACACCGCUAUUCAGUUCACAGGUGCGGUUACAACCAAGUUAUAGAGUAUCGAGGCAUUUUACCCAAUCAGUGAGAAGGUUACAAGAUGAGGAUGAAGAAACAGAAGGAUCGGCACCAGUAAGCGAAAAACAAAAACGUUUUGAAGUUGAUCAUGAAACUAGUAUACAGUAUCUUGACAGUAAAGCUUAUAAACAGUGUUACGGAGAAGACCCUGUUUGGAAACUUUAUAGAAGAAAUUUUAAAGGUCAACUGGCACCAAAAACUAGAAAAACCUGCAUUAGAGCUAAUGUAAUAUCUACAGGUAAUCCAUGUCCUGUCUGUAGAGAUGAUCAUCUUCUAGUUGAUUAUAGGAAUGUGAAAUUAUUAAAUCAAUUUAUAUCUCCGCACACAGGACAAGUUUUAGAUAGUAUGGAUACUGGUGUCUGUCAAACGCAGCAAAAGAAAUUAAUCUUGGAAAUUUUCAGAGCCAGAGAUUAUGGUUAUCUUGAAGAUUCUGUACCAUUUCGUCAGUAUAAUUAUAAAGACUAUUAUUAAAGACAGUGUGAUUUCUACAAUAUAAGUGUACAUUUAUAUUAAUAUGUUGCUAGGACUUUAAGUGUAAUUGUGUAAAAAAGUGAUUUUUGGUUAGUUUGAAAUAACGUAACCAUGACGUUAAUAUUGAUGACCUAUAAACAUGUCAACCAACCAGAUUACGUCGUUGUUGUCACACCGUGAAGAGACACUAAAAAUUAAAUAAAUUGUCUAAUUUGAA